CAGAUAUGUUGUUCGAAGAAAUUUAUUUAUUCUCUAUUUCAAAAUGAACAAUUUGAAUAUUUCAUAUACAAAUUGUUGUCGCACUUGUUUGAGACUGGAACCGGGUGGUACUUCUUUAAAUACUUUAGACAUCGAUAAUAUAAAAAUAUGUGAUAAAUUGUUAGCCUGCGUUUCUGAUAUAGUAUGGUUUAGGGAUGGAUUAUCGAAUAUUCUUUGUUCAAAUUGCUUAUGUACCUUAAGAAUAGCAUAUGACUUUCGAAUAUUAUGUUUACAGUCUGAAAACAGUAUUCAAGAGUAUUUUAACGGAGACAAAUCUAUUAACUAUCAAACACUAAAUAAUUACGUAUCUGAUGCAAAUCACUUGGAGACCUUGCAAACCAUCGAAAAGUGUGUCAACCAACAUCAAAAUACAGACUGCAUUAAUUUGAAACAAUUUCUGGAUGAAAAAGAAUUGCUGAAAUCUGCAAAUCAAGACAAUACAAACAAUUUGAAUAAUGCUCCCGGCACAAUAUUAACUGCGGGAAACAACAAAGGCGUUGAUAAGACUCAACAAAAAAAUGUUAGUACAAGGUCGAUUAAAAUUCAAACUCAACCUUUACCGCAAUAUCCGUCGCUCACUCCGGCAGCUGCCCGUUUGGAAUCCCAACAGAAUAAAACCACUAUUGUUAAAGAAGACCCAUACAAAUUUUCUUGUGAACAGUGUGGGAAGAGAUACUCAAAAAAUUCCAAUUUAAAAAUUCAUAUGAGAACGCAUACUGGAGAGAAGCCUUUCGAGUGUAAAUAUUGCGAGAAAAGGUUUUACCACUCGUCUCAUUUAAGAGAACACAUUCGACGACACACCGGCGAGAAACCGUACCAGUGUUCUAUGUGUUUAAAAAGAUUUACGAUUACUGCCGAGCUAACAGUUCAUAUGAGGAUACACACGGGAGAAAAACCUUAUGCUUGUGAACAAUGCGACAAGCGUUAUAUCAAGGCCAGCGACUUGCAAGUUCACAUGCGCUCUCAUACCGGUGAAAAGCCGUUUGCCUGCAACUACUGCGACAAGAAGUUUUCCUCCGGUUAUAUCCUCAACUCGCAUUUGAAAACUCACACGGGCGAUCGACCGUGGCAGUGCAACUACUGUUCCAAAUCUUUCACGCAAUCGUCUCACCUGACGGUACACAUGAAGAAGCACACAGGCGAGAAGUUUCCCUGCAAAGUUUGCGGUCAGGAAUUUACGCACUCCUCCCAACUAACGGUCCACAUGAGGGAACACACCGGGAAGCAGCCGUAUAAGUGUUCGAUUUGCGAUAAAAUAUGCAACUACGCCUCCGAAUUGCAAAGCCAUAUGAUGAAGCACACGGGGGAGAAAUUCCAGUGCUUAACUUGUGAUAAAAAAUUUACAACGGCAACCUACUUGCAGGAGCAUACAAGAACGCACACGGGGGAGAACCUCUUCUGUUGUACGAUGUGUGACAGGACCUUUACGAGGUCCACGUACUUAGAAAAACACGUUAGAACACAUACAGGUGAGAAGCCUUUCGCCUGUGUAAUCUGUAAUAAACGUUUCACUCAGGCGGGCUCUCUGAACGUUCACAUAAGGAAGCACACGGGUGAAAAGCCUUACACUUGCAGUAUUUGCAACAGGGCUUUCGCCACAUCUACGUAUCUGUCGGGACAUCUAAAGAAGCAUAAAAAAUACACCAAUCUGUAGUCGAAAGACAGUCCGAGCGUUUAUUUUCUUAAAGGACUGAUGACGUAGUUGUGCAUUUAACAACUCGAAUAUUUUUCACAAAUUUAAAAGUCUAGUAUUAUUUAUUUAAUAUUCUUUGUGAUAUUUGUUUAAGGAAGCGAGUUUUAUUAUACUUAUGUUAGGUUUUCACGUAUAGAAAGGUUUUAGUUAAAAAUUGUUAAAAAUUAUUGAAA